AUGCACCGCCCCCAUCUACUUUUUCUGGAUGCCUAUGACUCCUUUAGCAACAAUAUCAUCAACUUACUUCAACAAGACCUCAAUGCCACCGUCCAAGUAAUCAAAAUUGACGACAAGAGAUUCGUCACCAGUGAUGAGGCAUGCUUCCAUGCUUUCCUCGGUCGUUUUGAUGCUGUAGUCGCUGGUCCUGGUCCCGGUGAUCCGAGGAACUCUCACGACUUGGGUCUCAUCGGCAAAUUAUGGCAUCUACCAGAGGAUGUUUGUGUACCCGUGCUGGGCAUAUGUCUUGGAUUUCAGAGUCUCGCCCUGGCCUUUGGAGGUACAGCCGGAAGGCUUCAUCAACCCCGACAUGGUCUGGUUACCGAGGUUACUCAUCAGGGACAAUCUCUCUUCAAGGGUAUUGAUGUUCUCAUGGCCACUCAGUAUCACUCGCUCCACGCAAAGCUUGGCCAUACUGUAGACAAGGCAUCUACGGAUUUGUGGAAGGCUACUUCGAACUGCCCUGACAUACUACCGCUUGCUUGGGAUCUAUCAGACGAUCAGAAUGGCCCCAUCCUCAUGGGCAUCAGACAUCUGACUAAGCCCUUCUAUGGAGUACAAUAUCAUCCAGAGUCAAUUUGCACGAGCUCUGCUGGUGCGCAAAUCAUUCACAAUUGGUGGAAUUCAUCAAGAAUGGGACGGCCGACUUCCUCGCUGUCCGUCAGCUGGAAAUGUGUCGACACAUUCUGCGACGCUAUUGAUGUGGCUUUGUUGCUACAAAAGAUGCAAGACAUCGACCAGCAAGCCAUCAUGCUAGAGUCUGGCAGCAAGAACGGAAAACCUGUACGACCCAAGACGGGCCGCUUUAGCAUAAUUGGCUGUGCCAAGGAUUCUCGGUCAAUUCGCUACUCUACUGGAAAUCACACAAUCACCAGCGACCUCUCAGGCACAAGAGCUUCAUACACAGGAUCUAUGACAGACGUCUGGUCGAACAUUGAGUCUUUCAUGGCUGCCAACAAGGCGACUGAUGGCAGUGCUGACGUGCCUUUCUGGGGAGGACUUGUAGGGUUUGUGUCUUACGAAGCUGGUCUGGAGACAAUCGAUGUUGCUCAACCUACAAACAAUGAUCGUCCUGAUGUUUGGUUUGUCUUCGUGUCACACAGCAUCGUGGUUGAUCACGUCGAGAAGAAAGUUUACAUUCAAAGCUUGGAAAAGACCGAUGAUCAUUGGUUCGAGAAAGUUGAGGGAGCCUUGAAGCAGCUCAUCGACAAGCCCGGAUCUCAGUUACAAAUACUCAAGUCAGAAUCAGGGUUACCAUCUGUUGCCGCUCCAGCGCAAGAAGAGUAUGUGCGAAGGGUUAAGACUUGUCAGAAUCAUAUUCGCGCUGGCGAUUCUUACGAACUCUGUUUGACCGACCAAAGCAUCAUCUCAUACGGUGAAAAUGCCCCACCAAGGUCUUUUGAGCUCUACCAACGACUCCGAGCCUUCAACCCGGCACCCUUUGGUGCUUACCUACGACUACAAGAAGAAAACGAACAAAAGAAGAACGGUGUCACCAUCUUGUCUUCCAGUCCAGAGCGAUUUUUGUCUUGGUCAAGAGCUGGAAAGUGUCAGUUCAGACCUAUCAAAGGCACUGUGGAGAAGAAGAAUGGCCUUACGAGGAAAGAAGCGGAAGCCUUGUUGAAUGUAGACAAGGAAAGAGCUGAGAAUCUCAUGAUUGUCGACUUGAUACGACACGACUUGCAUGGUGUUGUGGGCUCUGGAAAUGUCAAAGUCGAGAAGUUGAUGGCUGUCGAAGAAUACCAAACCGUCUUCCAGCUCGUGUCAGUCAUUGAAGGACAACUGCAGGAAGGAUCAAGACAUACUGGCAUUGAUGUGCUAGCGGCUUCUCUUCCUCCAGGAUCCAUGACCGGCGCACCCAAGAAACGAUCGUGUGAGUUGUUGACAGAAAUAGAAGGAAAGCCUCGAGGCAUUUACAGUGGUGUACUUGGAUACUUUGAUGUAGGCGGUGGUGGAGAUUUUUCAGUUGUCAUUCGAACUGCUUUUCGAUGGGAUGAUGAAGGCGUAUGGCGUGUUGGCGCUGGCGGAGCGGUCACUGUGUUGUCUUCGCCACAGGCUGAGUUUGAAGAGAUGGAUCUGAAGAGGCAAAGUUGCUUGCCACUUUUCGGACAUCGUCGGGACCCUGUGAAAUAA